AUGUUUGCAAGUACUACAAGAUGUGUGACGUUGAAGUGUCGCACCGUGAGAUAUAAGUCCUCAUUUGCGGUUGCGCUAGAGACUGCAAGUAAGCUUGUAUCGCCGAGACUAUUAUGGAACAAUCCUAUCUCUUUGGUAUCUAAUGAGAUGAACACACUAGCUAAGAACAUUAUGGCCUUAAUAGGUUCUGGCCACCCAACCCUUAAUCGUGUUACUAGUUACUAUUUCGAAACUGAAGGCAAGAAAGUAAGACCCUUGCUUGUUCUUCUUCUGUCUCGUGCUUUAUCAGAGAUACCACUUAAAGAAAGAGAUAAUAUACCAAUAGAUACCACAGAUGUCCCAGAAGAUCCAAUGUAUUCCAAGCUCUCAUCUAAUUCGUCCCUCUUUGAUGUCCCCGUUAAAAGUAUCUCUCCGUUACAUAUACUUCAUGGAAUUAAACCUUUGAAUCCAUUAACUAAAGGACCUGAACCGAUAACACAACCUGAAUUUGAUCAGGAAAGAGGAAUUUUACCUAAGCAAAGGAGAUUGGCAGAAAUUGUAGAAAUGAUUCACACGGCAUCUUUACUACACGAUGAUGUUAUAGACUACUCAGAUACUAGAAGAGGAAGACCUAGUGGUAACGUCGCUUUCUCAAACAAGAUGGCUGUUUUAGCUGGUGAUUUCCUUUUGGGUAGAGCUACGGUGGCUAUCUCAAGGCUUAAAAAUCCUGAAGUUGUUGAACUAAUGUCAAACAGUAUCGCAAACUUGGUAGAGGGUGAAUUUAUGCAACUGAAGAAUAUGGCAGUUGAAGACCAACCUUUAGUGGGUAGUAAAAAUGAUAAGAUCCUGCCUCCACCUAGUAAAAAACUCGAACUGAAAGAGCAUGAUUAUAGGGUAGCAACACCAGAAGCAACUGGUUCUUUUUCACAUGAGGAAGUGAUUAAUAUUGCUUUUGAGUACUACCUACACAAAACCUACUUGAAAACAGCUGCACUAAUAUCUAAAUCCUCUCGUGCAGCAGCGAUAUUAUCUGGAGCCAGAGAUCCAGUGAUAGAAGAAUGUUACAGUUUUGGAAGAAAUAUUGGUAUUUGCUUUCAACUUGUUGAUGAUUUAUUAGAUUUUUCUGUUUCUGCAAAAGACUUGGGUAAACCAGCAGGUGCAGACCUAAAGUUAGGAAUUGCAACUGCUCCAGUGCUAUUUGCUUGGAAAGAAGACCCAUCACUUGGACCACUCAUUAAGAGAAAUUUUUCUGAACCUGGUGAUGUAGAAAAGACUGUUAAGUCGGUUCAAGAUCACGAUGGUGUAGGUAAAACCAUGGAAUUUGCCAAAGAAUACAGAAAUAAGGCUCUCCAGAAUUUGAAGAAUGCCCUUCCAGAAUCAGAUUGUAGGUCAGCAUUGGAAUUUUUGACCAACAGUAUUGUGACAAGAAAGAAAUAG